CCAUACGCUUACGCGUUUCGUACUGCUUACAACUCGAAAAAGAAAAAUUCCUUUAUUUAUUUUUUUGUUUAAUUGCCAUAUAAAAGUUGCAAGAGAAUCUGCCUUUUUUAGUAAUGUUUCUUCUAUAACACUGUCACUCAUAGUCAUAAUAUGGAAAUACGAAAAGAAGUUAACUUUUUACUAUUACUAGAUUGAGUUUAGUAUAGAAUAUUUCGGGAUUUAAAGAAAAUCUAUUUACUUUUUUGAGAGCUCACUUUCCAUAUUCCGUUUACUUCUAGUAACGAUAACAAUGGACAAGUUACACCGACUGAAAUUUCUUCUACUAUAUAUAUUUUAGUUAUACACUAAACCGACACUAACAAAUCACUCGGAAGAUUCUUUCUUAACGAUAAAUACGGAAUUAUGGAUCUACUAUUAUUUGAAGCUCUGAUGCAACUUCCACCAUCAACAAGAGCCACCGUUGUAAAAGUGCUGGAUCAUGCAAGCCAAAACCAUCCUACUGAUCAUGAUGAAGAUUCUCAAAAAAGAAGAUGCUUACAAAGAGAAGAAGAAGAAGAAGAAGAGUGUGCGACAGGCACAGUUUGUGUUGAGCCAAGAUUAGAAAGCAGUGACCAGUCAAUUGAUGAUGAAUAUUCUUCUUCUCGCUCUUCUAAGACGGUGACACAAGAAGAGUGUGAAGAGUGUUCAAGGGACGAUGAUGAUGAGACAACUUCUCCUUCUUCUUCAGAGACGGUGGAACAAAGAAUGAUACUGUUCAAGCCACAACAAGAAGAGUAUGAAGACGACGUCGUUUCGACCGAGCUUACGUUGGGAAGUAGUAGCGCAAAGCCAUCACGGCAACAAGAAGAACCUUCCUGUUCUUCACCGUCUGAAGAUGAUACAUCUGCUCUCUUACUCGUCGAGCUAUGCCGCAUUAGGCCUAUGCAACUUCAAACACAAACUCAGACGCCACAGAAGUUUGAUUCGUACAAAUGUGAUGUAUGUGGAAAAGAGUUUACUUCGUACCAAGCCUUAGGUGGACACAAGGCUAGUCACCGAGUUAAGCUACAACAACCACUUGUUGAUAACGCAAACGCAGAAGCUGGGGGACAAACGCGGCCGAGGAUGGCCCCAUCCGGUAAAAUACACAAGUGUUCUAUAUGUCACGUUGUGUUUCCGACGGGACAAGCUCUAGGUGGACAUAAACGCCGUCACUACGAAGGUGUUCUAAGCGGUAACAAACGUAGUCACGACGAGGUUAUAGCGGGGGACAAGUCCAGUCCCAAUCAUGAGAGUGUUGAAACAAAAACGUCGUCGGGUCCAAUGCAGAGUAUUGUAGGCGAUCACAAACGUAGUCACGACGAGGUUAUAGCGGGAGACAAGUCGAGUCCCAAUCAUGAGAGUGAUGUAACAAACAUGUCGGGUCGGAAGCAGAGUUUUGUAGGCGAUCACAAACGUAGUCACGACGAGGUUAUAGCGGGAGACAAGUCGAGUCCCAAUCAUGAGAGUGAUGUAACAAAAAAUCCAGGUCGAAGUUUUGUAGGGUUGUUCGAUCUUAAUGAACCUCCGUUGCAAGAGUUUGAUGAUAACAACAGGCAAGAAGUUGAUAAGUUUGAAAGUGCAUUUGUAGCGAACAAGACGUUACAAUUAAUAAACAAGAUUUAAAGUGUUGAUUUUUUGGGUUCGUUCUUUUGUUGACCAACCUAACAUAUGAUAUUUGUAGUUUAGGAUUUUUCACAUUUUUUUAACUGUUUUGUUUUGUAGUGAAUGUUAUUUUAACUGA